GGCGUCCUCUAUUAUGCUACACUUCAAAGUUCGUUGAUCCGGAAACUGUUAAACUAAUAUAAUCCGAUGGAUUGGUAGACAGUUAAAGUGGUCUUCAGUUGACCUGUGAAAGGGUGUUUCUCAGUUAAGCAGUAACAAAAUGACCACAGUCUGGACAGCAAGCAAUCUACGCCGACAAGAUGGACGUUAUAACAGUCUAUCCAGAAGUCUAGGAUCUUUAAUGUCAAUUGUACUCGAUGAAGAUAAAUCUCCAUCCGUGUUGAUUUUUUCUAAUCAAUCACCAAGAGAGACUAAUUUACAAACAAGUGUCUCUGUUGGUGAUCGAGUCGGAGAUGAGAAUAUUUUGCCGUUAAAUGGAUUAAGUUUUCGUUCAUUACAAACGGACUCUUCUUCAUCGAUUGCAUUUGUUGGCAAAAAAAUUAAACGUGAAUAUCAAUCGGCAUUUGUAUUACCUGAUAAACAAACAAUUGGUAUUAUUCGUCAAGAAGCGUUUAUGACUGAAGAAGGUUUAGCUCAAGUCACGCUUAGUUUAUGCGUUUCGACUCAUUUAGAUAGUUUAAAAGUUAGUAAAAGUGAAAGAAUAUGUGAUUAUCUUGAUACGGACUAUUGGGCUUCCAUUUUAUUAGCUUCCACUGAAUCUCACGAUGCUGAACUAUUAGGAUAUAUGGGACCUGAAUAUACUUCAAGAAAACCGAAUCGUUUUAACUUUGAACGUUCUGAAAGCCGACGACGUAAACGAGAAAUUGUGCUUGUUCAAGAAGAGAUUGAAGAUAGCGAUGAGAAAGAUAAUGUUGGGCAAUUUGAUGGUAGCAAUAUUUUGCCUGAAAGUGUUACAGUGUACGAAAAAGUAUAUCCUAAAGAAAAGGAUGAAUAUGAUUCCCAGACACGUCGAGUAAUCCUGCAUCCUCCACCACCCCUUCCACCCCCACAGCUGCCAGAAUCACCGCUGCCUUCACCACCAAAAACUUUAAAAGUAUCUGAAAGAAAUGCUUCACCAAAACCACAAGUAACUUCGAGUAGAAAUUCAUGUCAGCCAAAAGAACAAGCCCCAAUAAUUGGACGGGCUGAACCACCUGGAAAAACUAAACCAAUUGUAAGUAGUCCGAAAUCUAAAGAAAAUUUUGAAAAACUUAAACGUCAAUGGAAUAAUCGUAUUGCUCAAAUGCAAGAACAUUUAGAUAAUCAGUAUCGCGAUACACCAACAUCGCUACCACAAACUUAUACAGAAGGACAUCGUGGUUCUACAGUUACAUCAAUUCUCCCCACAGUAGAUAAAAGAUCUUCUGAUCCAUAUGUAAAAAGUCGAAUUUCAUCUACUGACCAAAGACUCUCCCCUGAACAAGCAUAUGAUCAUCAAUCUCUUCCGGAUAGAACUUCAAUGGAUCAUGGAUCAAAUAAAGAGAAUUUUAUUUUUCACAGCCUUGAUUAUAUCAAUUCAUCAUCACCGGGUUCCGGUGAUCUAGUGGAUCCGGUUACGGAACGUUGUGAAAAAGAGGCACAAUUUAUUUAUAGUCAAGCAAGACUAUUUGUUAAUCAACAAAAUAUAGGCAGAUUAAGUCCACGAAAAUUAUCAGAGAGUAGUUCAAUGAAUGAUAUAACUAAAUUGAAGACAUCCAAUUUAAAUCAUCAACAAUUUGAACAAUUAUUAAUAGAUAACACCGUGAAAUAUACUGAAUUAAACAACAAUAAUCAAUCAUCAAUAUCAUUUCUAAUUGAUAAGUUGAAUAUAGAACAAUCAUCGAAACAAGCUUAUAUCUAUCAAUCAAUUUAUUCACGUUUUCCAAUCACUAUUAAAAAUAUAAGCUCAUAUCAUCAAAAUAAUAAUAAUAAAUUGAUUACUAAUAAAAUCAAUAAUACUAUGAUAAUGAAAGAAUUAUUCAAUAAAUUUGCAAAACAUGAAUUAAUAUUAAAUCGUAAACCAACUUAUUCAUUUUAUAUACCAAUACAAUUAUCUACUACUGAAUUGAAUUUACAUCGAUAUAGUAAAACAUUGCCAAGAUAUAAUAAUAAAUAUGAUAUGAUUAUCCAUGUCAAUGAUUUGCAUAAUUCAUUAGACAAUAAUAAUGAUGAUAUGAAUAUGAAACAAUCAAUUAGACAUAGAAUGUAUACAUCGUUACCACGUACAAAACAUGCAUUACUUUAUUAUUCUCAACCAAUUAGUCCAAGAAUAGUUUCAAAUUCUUCCAUAGUAGAAGAUCAACAACAACAGCAACGAGAUAUUCAUUCAGAGUUUAGAAACGGAAGUGAUCUAACCUAUCAUGAAAAGACGAGUUAUUCAGACAUUUAUUAUAAAGAUGAUCCAUCAACUGAUAGAAGUGAGGAAUUUAUAAAAAUAUUCACUAAAUACAAAGCAUCAUCAGAAAUAAACUAUUCAACAAAAAAUAGAAUUCUUUUAGAUAUAGAUCAAAAUCAAUCACCUAUUUUAACAGGACCACAAUUAUAUCCAUCAUCAACUGAUCUAAGUUCAUUAGUAAGUCCUAGAGGUGAUCAUUUCAAAAGUUAUCUAAAUAGAUAUGUUGAACGAUCAGAAAAAUAUUGGAGUCUUCCAAAAAGUUAUUUUAUAGCGGAUGAACCGGUUAACAAAAAUGAAACAACUACUAAACAAUAUGAUUCAAUGAAUGAUACAUUGAAAGAUUUUAUAUAUGAUAAAUUCAAACCGUUAUCACCAAUGACUGAAGCAAAAACUGAUAUAAAACUAACAUCAAAUCAAGAUAAAGACAAUUUACAUCUUCUCUUUUAAAACCAUACAAAUCUUACACAACAAUUACUACUAAUGAAAAGGAUUCACAACGAAUUAAAGAAAGAAAUCAAAAUGAGAAAUUCAACACUGAUGACCUCUUAAGUAAAGCAUAUUAUGAUGAAAUGAAUCGAUUGAGUAAAAGAAAAUCAUUAAAAAUGGAUGAAUUAAGUAGUACAUCAAGUUUAAGUAUUUUAGCAAAGGCAUAUGAAGAACAAAUAGAGAAUCAUAGAAAACAAAUAGAUAGAAAAUCGACUUCAAUCAAAGGAAAUGAUAGUAAGACUACUGAUGAGUUAGGUGAACAUAAAUGUUCAUCUAAGCCAAUGAAACAAAUUAAUGAACAGGAAAAUAAACUAAUGCAAAGUGAUAUAUUGUCUGAUCAUCAAGGAAAUAAUUUAACUAGCGGUGAAGAAGUUACAAAGUUUGAUGUUCAAAAACCGUCAAAACCUGAAGUGAUUCCGAAUUUACCACCCUCUGUAUUGGACAUCCCUAAACGUUUAGAACAAUAUGAUCGAAUAAGUAAACAUAAAGAUUUAAAACCUGACAUUACACAUCAAAUUAUCACUGAUGAUAAGAUUCCUGGAAAACCACAUAAAGAUCAUCUCAAUGAUCAGAUGUUAAAACAACAUGAAUUAAAGCAUCAUCGACAUCCUCCUCCUCCACUUCAUCAUCAUAAAAGUUCUACAAAGGAUGAAAUUUUGGAGAAAUCCACUGGUGAUACACAUAAACGUUCAUGUGACGGUCCAAUGUCAUUUGCGAAAUUCAAAAAGAAUAUGAUUUCAGAUAACCUGCCAGUGGAUGAAGAGCAUAGCCAUCAUCAAGGUCGCCAUCUGUCUCAUGACGAGUCAAAAGUUUUUUCAAGAGAUUCAAAGUUUAGAAAGCCAAUACAUAACAAUGAAGGCCAAAUUGGAACUCCACUUGCUCCUAAAAAUAGCUUUGAAGACAAACAUACCAAUAAGAGUAAGAUGGAGCAACAAAUAAAAACGGAAAAUCCGAAAACACAACCUUUGGAUACAAAAGCUUCACGUAAUUCAGAAGAAAACCAUGGAGAAUCUGUGAAAGGCCAAGGACGAAGUGAACUUGUUAAACGAAAUAAAACACAUCAUCAGUCACUAAGAUCUAAACAAAACAAACCUCAUACAUCUAUAACUUCAAAAAAUGAUCGUAUUUCAUCUUGGGUUGAAAAUAGUAGAUAUCAAACAAGGCAACUAUUACAAGAUGGUAUGAUUGACGUCGUUCCUCAGGCUCAACCUCAAAAAUCUGAUUUGAAAAGACAUCAGUCUUUAAAUGAAAAACGGAACUCCUACAAAACUGAUGACAAAAUGAAAUAUAGGCAUUCUGAUGAUCCUUCAAAGAAGCCCAUAAAGAAGGACAGUAUAACUUCUGAUUACAUCGCUUCUAAACUACCUAAAGCACAUUACAAAUUAAAUGAUCAGAAAGAUCCUACAAAACCAUUGGAUAGUAAUCAACUGAAUAAAAUUGAUAGUUUAAAAGAUACUCAUAAGAAAUCAAUCAUUGAAAAACAACAACAAGACCAAAAUAAUAAAGAUAAUAUUGUAAAAAUACCUGACAUAAAACAGGAAGAGAAAUAUCCAUCUAAAAGUGUGCGUAAACAACAUCCUUCCGACGAAGUAAAUAAUCUGGAUGUCGAACAAUCUGUUGGAGGAAUUCCACAUCAUUCAAAGCAAUCCAAUCCAAGUAAAACUAAACAACCCUUAAAAGAAUGUGAUGGUAAACAGUCAAGACUAUCAAUAAAAAAGCAAUCAUAUACAAAAGAUAAUGAUAAUGAUGAAGGCAAGAGAGGAAAUCUUACGAAAAACACUGAUGAAGUAUUAAGUCGGUCGAAACAAUCCAUUGAAUUAGAUCAACAUAAAAGAGAAAAGAUAAUGUACCAGAUCGAACAGCGUCAUUCAAUUUGAGUUGUGAAUAUCUAUCACAUCAAUUCUAUUCGAAUCUAUUCAGUAUGGAUUUAUGAGAAAAAAUGGUGCUUAACUCAAUAUAUCUAUGGUGAUUAGUUAUAUAAGUACAUAAAAAUGAGUCACAUUUGUUUAAAUACAAAAAAAGAGAAUUAAUCACUAGGUAACAUGUUGUAAUCUGUAGUUUUCGGUAAUAAAGCAACACUGAUACAUAUGUUAACGGAUG